AUGGGUGGCCAGGGGCCCCCGAACUCGGGGGGGCCCUGGGCCUCCAUGGCCUUGGUUCGGCCGGGGCCAGAGUGGUUUCUUCGCCGUUUCCCCACUGCCCUGAAGAGGCGGUGGCAUGGGGCUUCAGAGGCCAGCUGGGGGUUGGAGCCAGCCUCCCCCUGGCAGGCAGGCUCAGCAUCAGAGCCAAACCAGACACGGGCUGAGGGGUGGCCCAGAGCUGCAGAAGCAGCGGAGAUCAUGCAGAGCAGGAAGAAUUCCAGGCAGAGGAUGAGAGAAAGACUUCAAGCAGUCUCGCUGCCACUUCCUCCCCUCCACAAUGGCAGGGGAGGAGGCAACCCUGAGUUGAGACUGAGCAACAGAGAGACAGGCCAGGCCGAGGGGCUCAGAGGUUUGGGUGGGGGCAGCCGAAAACUGAAGGAGGGAUGCAGGGGGAGGAAUGCCUCCCUUGCUUGCUUAAUACUUUUUCUCUCCUGCCUUGUAUUAGGGCCCCCCCAGCGAACCGUUUCCCCAAAACAAGACCAUGAAGAAAGAAAACAUGACAAAGUCUUGGACAAGGGCAGUGAAAGUGGGACUUCCUGUAAUGAGUUGUCCACCUCAAGCUGUGACAGCCACUCGGAAGCCAGCACCCCUCAAGAAAACGCCACCAGCACUCAACCAUCCACAGCCCACCAGCCAAAUACUCUGACUUUGGAUCGUCCGUCUAAGAAGGCCCCAGUACAGUGGAUGCCACCUCCAGACAAACGCAGGAACAGUGAACUCUUUCAAACUCUCAUUAGCAAGUCCAGAGAAACAAAUCUUUCCAAAAAGAAGGUGUGUGAGAAGCUGAGUGUUGAGGAAGAAAUGAGAAAAUGUAUCCAAGAUUUUAAAAAAAUCCACAUUCCAGAUUACUUUCCAGAGCGCAAACGUCCCUGGCAAUCUGAACUCUUACAGAAAUAUGGGUUAUAGUGAUCAGCUCUUUCAUGACGUACCUCUGGGGCAUUUGAUGUUUAUUACAUUGCCACUAUUACAUUGCCACUAACUUACUGAUGUCCUCCUUCUGGCCAACUCUGCCACCAGAGCUAUUCCUGCUGCUUAUUUCUUUCUGUGAACAGUGGAUGUUGGAUAGUACAUGUUUUUCUUUAAAAAUAUAUAUAAAAAGAUAGAAACUUAAAAAAUGCAAGAGGCAUCUCAUCUAAACCACUUCAUAAUAGCAAAGAAAAAAGUGCAUGGUCAAGAAAGAUGGUUUUCUAACUGUAGUCAGUUGGGCUUCAUUAUUGUUUUGGAACUUACCAAAUAAAAGUCUCAAUCAUCAGUUAACACCUCAUUUUAUGUCACCAAUAAAGAUGACUCAGACUUACUAAGGAUGAAGAGAAACAGGGUUUAAAAUUCAAUUGAACAUAUUUUGGAACUAAUUCUCAACAUUCUUUCAAUGUUAAUGCAAUAAAGCAAAUACCUAUUUUGCAUGAGCACAAUGUUACAAAUAAAUCACACAAGAACAAGAGGUUGUCUGUUGCUUGGAGAACUAUUUGUUUGAUACCAAGCCUAUAAAUGUAAAACGUCUAAGGGAUUGAAUUUACUUUGUUCUGGACCUGUGAUUUUUUUGUGUGUACAGUGUUCUGUAUGUAAGGAUGGUGUAAAUAUGCCUUAUAUUGUUUUAUUAUUGCACCAAUAACGUUCAUCUAUUAGUGCUUGUCAGGAUUAUUUCUGUGAAAUGCAAAUUUACGGCGGAUUGUGAAAACUGGUUUGAUGGUCUGAAAGUUUUUAUGUUAAUCGCUAAAAAUGGAGAAAAAUAAAAGAGACUUUAAUGUAUUUAUUAAAAGAACCAUCUGGUAGA